AUGUGGAGUCUUCUGGAAAUAGGCAGUAGCACGGGCACAUGCUCUUUCUUGAAUUUAUUUUCUCAGUGCAACUGCACAGCACUGGAGGAAAACCCUUUAACAGGAGGCGUGCAAAGAGAGCCCUGCAUAAAGUACGAAUGCAACUUUUCGCCGGAGGAGUACGCCGAAUGGUCCAAACACACGAUUUCCUUCAUAGAUAACUCUACGGAGAGAACUGAAAUUAGGACUAUGAUUCACUCGUUUCUUGACCAAGGCCGGGUGUGGAAGGAAGACCCACGAGAGAUCUCCUGCAACAGAGGCAAAGCAUAUACUAUGUGCAUGAAUGGCCCACACAAGGAAAUGACGCGGUAUAUGAAUAAGGUCGUUGAGUGGGUGCGGUCGAUAGGGCUGACAUACACUGUCAUUCACUGCAAGGGGCUGAGAGCCCAUACUUUUGAAGAGUCGAUUCUGACAAAUCCUGGGAUGGAAGAAAUUAGGUUUUGCAACAGCAAGAUAUACUUGGACCCUCUUCUUCUCCUGAACAAGGCCAAAAACGUGAAAACACUCCAUUUUGAGCACUGGACCCCGAUUAUAGCGACUAGUUCGGUUUUAGAAUCCCCCAAGAACUUCGAGCACAUUGAAAAUCUGCGCCUAACCAGCACCUCCCCAGACGGGCUAGUCAUCCCAGACCUUUUUAAGCGCUUUUUGUUCCCCAGGCUAAAAACGCUUCAUCUGAGGACCACGGGAAUUACGAAUUUGGACUUUCUAAACAGCACAAACAAAAGCACGCUGGAAGAGCUGUGCAUUGAGAACGAAAGCAUCGAGCGGAUAGACAUGAGCAUUCUUUCCAGCAUACCGCGCCUGGAUAAGCUAACAAUUGUUUCUCAGCACCUGGAUAAGUGCCAGGUUGAAAAAGGCGUGUUUUUGAACUUUAUGCGGGAAAUGAAAAGCGUAAGUUCUCUUAGGAUAAACUACGACAUAUACAGAAAGAUAGACAGUGGAAUUUUCCCCAUGAGCACAAAGGACGAAAACAGCGUAAGCCUGCACUUUCCGACGUACUACAGCGACGACGUGUACUUUGCCGUAGAGGCCUCGCACAAAAAAAGCUCGCAGGAGCUUCUUAUACGCAUUCCGUGCGAGAUAUACUGGACACAGAUGUUCGAAAAGUUCAGGUUCCCUUUCAGGCGCCACGAAGUAGCCUUUCUCACGAUGCAAAUACACAGUCGCAGCGAUAGUGCUGAAAAAGAGUGCCUGCACGUGGUGAAGAGGGCUAUUCGCGCGUACAGAAACGUUAAGAGCGAGUAUAUUUUGAUAGAUAUUAACGGCCGAAAAAAAAACAGGUUUGACGUGGUAGAGCUCUUUAAGACCCUGGCGGACGAAAACAUGAAUGUGUCCAAAGUGUUUAUUCAGCACUCAGGACCAGCACCCAGCUCGGAUGCGUCUGCCUGCGUCUUUGGGGGUAAAAAUCUGGCCAUUUGCAAGCUCAGCGUGGGCGCAUCCCAGAGCAUUCUGCUGGUCUGCAUAUGCCCGAGAACAGCUGCCAGCCCAGCCGAUAUAAAACAGCGGCUAGACCGAAUCCACAGCAUUGGAACAGACCCGGAAUACCAGAAAAAGCAUAUCGAAAAAGUUGUGGGCAGCCCAAACUACGCCCCCGGAGAGUAUAUAGACGUGACGGAAUGGUACGAGAAAAAUUGCGAGCUCCCAGCUGUAGCUAAAAAAAAGCCAACGGAAGCACCUGCACGCCCUCCCCCGAGUAUGUUCUCUUGCAGCAUUAGUAUUAUAUAA